AUGCAGUUUGGUGUUCUCCUCAGUCUUGUCUCCCUCUUCGCUCUUGGUACAUCCGCUACGGCAAUUCAUGCUCGUCAUGGCGGCUAUGGAACUCCUCCCAGUCCUCCCAAGGGCUCAUACCCCCAGCCUUCGGGCAUUAGCGGUCCUUGGUACGGUUGCCCCGAUACCAACAAAGACUCGCAUGGAAAGGUUGCAGAGCUCUGUGACAAACCGCCGCACACGGGCAAGUCCUUCGGUUGCACUUAUCGCACGGGCCGAGGCACUGGAACUCAUACCUGCACCUAUGACGCCAAGUCCGGCGAGUGCAACGGCCUCUAUUUCUAUCAUAUAUCCGCAGUCAAGAGCUUUGCUUAUACUUAA